AUGACGGCCUUUGUACGCGUCUCGGGGCCGCCCAACAGUAACUUCUUGGUCGGCUACCCGGGCAUAUCAGCGACACUGCCGCGCAUAGAAGGCAAAGUCGAAGUGCGCCCGCUGCUGGGCGUAUCCGCACCCGUCAAUGUCUCCCUCGUCACCAUCGCAUUGCACCGCCGCGAAACCAUACACCCCUCCGCCGAGUCGCUGACGAAGAAGCACUUGGCAGCUCCACGCAAAGAGAUCACUGACAUUGUGGGCAAGGAGAUGCUGCUAUACAGAACGCCCGCUGGACGAGAAUACGAGAGCAUACUAUGCAUGGAUCUACCGUUUGUCAUCUUCAUCCCAUAUGGCCGUGGUGGCGAGGAGGUCGCUAGGAGAGUCCCGCCCGCAAGCCUACAGUUACCCAGCCGAACGGCCGAGACAUUCUAUGAGCUAGUCGUGACGGUGCAGCAAGGGCCGUCCGAGCAGAAAAAGUACCCGUUCGCAGUACCAAUACAGCGAUACGACACCCUGUCGACAUUCGGCAUGUACAACCGGCCAGAGAGCGCCGAACGAGUGACUGACCAUCUGGUCACCCUUGGAAUUAGUUUACCACGGUGGAGCUAUGGCCCGCUGGAUCCCGUCUCAGUAUACAUCAAGCUCAGCCCUAACCCCGACUGGCUGAGCAAGGCUAAGAGGGUUACCAUAUCCAAGAUCACAGUCGGCAUAGACGAGGAGAUUAUUUUCAAUCACGAGGGCGACGAGCCGACACGGAAAGUGAAGACCUUGGCGACGACAACGCAACGAGUUGGGGUCAAGAUGCCCGAGGCUGGCUACUUUACUAAUCUUGGACUGGUAUUUCCUGCAAAAGACUUGCGCGAUCACGAUGGCAUAAUACCGCGGGGUAAGAAGGAGUUCCCAAUGUACGCGGUCAAUGGUUUCACCACCACCGGCACGCUGUACAAGAUCGAGUACUACCUUACUGUCAAGGUAAGGUGCAAGGAGGAGAUGGAGGCUAUCGAGCAAGCUGCCAAGGAUGCUGCACACGUCGCACCGGAGAAUCCAAUGUUACCAGCUAGCUUGAUUAGGGACUAA